AAGCACAGUGCGUCGAUUCAAAUGUGCAAUCAUUAGUUAAUCACAGUCGCGUCUCUCGGCACAACGCAGCGAUGUCAAACAAAAUUUGGCAAACAGCGUAUUAAACAAAAAAACCUCUAGAAGCGCGUCCGUUUGUUUUUGUUGGCCAAUUGUUUUGACGUUGAAAGAAAACGCGUAAAAAAGGAAAUAGGACGUGCGUGUUAAAAAAAAUUAACAUCGAAGUGUGUUUUCAAGUGGUCAUCGCAAUUUGAUUGCAUUCGAAAGCAAAAAUUUGCGUGUCAUUCCAAACGGGGGUGGAAACAGUGGCCGCCAAAAAUGUCGUCAAAUAUAUUGGAUGAUAGCAGUGAAGGCACAAGUUCGAAUCAAAGUUACAGUGAAAAUGAAGAUGUGAAUACCGAAAGUGAUACAAAAUCGGCGACUAGCCAAUGUGGCUUAUACACAAAUGCAAGAAACGAAGAUGACGUUGUCAUUAUCAAUCAGAUCGAUAAUGUAAUCACCAACGAAAAGCAUUUAAUCAAUUAUAAUAAUGUUGACGUAAAUGGCGACCAUGCCAUUAGAAAGCCGUUUCAAUUGCGAAAGAUGUGCUGCACUAUCACCACAAUAUUGAUUGGUUUAUUACUCUUGGCCUGGGGCCUUGUAACAAUCGUUUUGCCAAUUUAUGAUUUUGUGCUGAUCGAACGACUUAAAAUGCAACCCGGACUGCCGCCUUUUGAAGAAUGGCGGACCCCAUCACCAGAAGUGCUACUUCGUGUUUACAUUUUCUCCGUUGAAAAUCCGGCCGCAUUUUUAAAUAAAACCGACGAUAAAUUAAAACUGAAGGAGAUUGGACCCAUUGUUUACAAAGAACAUUUACAACAUCGAAAUGUUGAAUUUCAUCGAGAAAAUUCGACAUUAUCGUAUACGGCUCAUCGAGAUGUUGAAUUUCUUGAAGAUCGAAACGAACCAGGCAUCUUAAAUCGCACCAUUUUGGUACCGAAUUUUGUUCUUUUGGCGACCAUUGCAUCUUUAGAAAAAUACCCGUAUUAUUUUGUGAAAUUCCCAUUUCAACAAAUGCUAAGUGAGGAGGAUACAUUAUUUUUGAAUAUGACUGUCAGAGAUUAUUUAUGGAACUAUAAAAGUGACAUAGUGGAACGAGUUUAUAACUCGUUUUUCUCAUUCCUCGUACCUACCAAUAACAGUGGCUGUUUAUAUCAGAUUUAUUCAAAUUUCGAAGACCGUUAUAAUGUUCGCAUUGGAGCGGGAUAUGGAUUCGAUCACUUUUUUGAGAUAACAAGUAUGAAUGGUGCUACAGUUGUGCCGGGCUUUCAAUCAUCAAAAUGUAAUGCAUCGAUAGUGGGUUCGACGGAGGGUGCAUUGUACAAAAAUCGUCUGGAUGAAGAUUCAGUGUUGUGGUAUUGGCGUAAGUCAUUAUGUCGCCAAGUUCCAUUGUAUUUUGAGAAAAACAUGACAGAAGGAAGUUUUGAUGCUAAGAAAUAUGUUUUACGUGAAAAUGUUUACGAUCGGUUUGAAAAUGAAACCGAAGAUUGUUACAAGGGAUUUGUUGACCGGUUGCCGAACGGAUUCAGCGACGUUUCAAAAUGUUUUUUCGAUAUGCCCUUUGCCGCAUCAAAUCCACAUUUCUACGGUCGAUAUCCAAAUGAAUUGACGACCAAAUUAGACGGCUUGAAACCAGAUCGAGAAAAACACCAAAGUUUUAUUAUUGUUGAACCAGUCAUGGGCGUGCCCAUAAAUCAAUCGGCACGAUCACAAAGUAAUGUCAUCAUUCCAAAAUUAACCUAUUUUAAUGAGGAUAUUCUUCGAUUCAGUAACAUGGCACUGCCAACAUUUUGGGUGGAAUACCAUCAGAAGCAAUUGACACCGAAGAUCGAAAAGCUGAUGUACUUCACCUUAUUUGUGUUACCCUGGCUUCAAUAUGUGAUAACGAUAUUUUUGAUGUUGACCGGGCUAUUGUGCCUUACACUUGGUGUUGCACGUUGCAUGGCACAGGAACCAUCACCGAAACAGCUAAAUACCCCGCCAUCAAAAUUUGGUACAAAUUACAAAUUACAAGAAGCGGAAAUCACAUGGAAUAUAAAAUAGGUUUACAAAUAUACAAGUGUUAAGCGAAUUCGAGAAUGUAUGAUAUGAAUUUAGAAUGAAAUUGUUGUUCAUUCCCAAUCGAUUAUUAAUUUUUUUUUUGUUCAUAAGCGCAAAUAAACGAUAAGAUUGGUACUCACAAAAAA